GUUUUCCGUCAUCAUUAUUUAAUAAACAACGCAUUGAAUAAGUAUUUUUAUUUUUUAAUAUCGCUUUAUAUAAAAAAUGACAAAAACCGCCGAUAACGUGAACCCACUCGUUUAUGAAAAGGGUUCAGCGCGCGAAAUUACGUCGACGGAGCGUGAUGAGGAUAUUUUAGAUGAAAUAGACGAACGUGAAAUUUUCGACUUAAUACGUAAUAUAAAUGAUCCUGAACACCCAUUGACUCUCGAGGAACUUCGUGUGGUGGAACAACAGAAUAUAUUCAUAGAUAAUAAAGAAAAUUUAGUGCGUGUUUACUUUACACCUACGAUACCGCAUUGCAGCAUGGCUACUCUUAUUGGUCUGUCGAUCCGUGUCCAGUUGUUACGAGCUCUGCCAAGUCGUUUCAAAGUGACAGUCGAAGUUUCAGAAGGUACACACAUGUCGGAGCAUGCGGUGAACAAACAGCUGGCGGACAAAGAGAGGAUUGCCGCCGCUUUAGAGAAUAAUAACUUAGUACAGAUAAUUAACCAAUGCAUUGCAAGUUGUUGAUUAUAAAUUUACUUGUAUGUCUGAAGGCUGAGCUAAGAGGGGAACGUUUUGAGGAGAAUGUUCGAACGGGUAAUUGUAAUGCUGGUGGAUACAAAUAUGAUUGUGGAUAAUUCAUUCGAAACAUUUAUGUUUCUUUAUAAAUCAUGUGACCAAAAAAUAAAAGACGAAUUAUAAAAUUCGAUUCGUCUUUCAAUUUUUGUUGUUGUUUUUGUAUUUACAUGUAUUUGAGCAAUGAUUGUCGAAUAAAAAUCCAAAUAAAUUUUAUUAUUUGAUCUGUACACCUCGU